CCUCAACCUCCCUCAACCAACCAACCAUCACCACCCAUGCCCCCUCUCAACCCCGUCAAAAAGCUGCAUCUGCAUUCGCAAGCCGCCAGUCUCUCGUCAGCGCCGGCAAAGCAAGCGCAAGCGCAAGCGCGGAAAGCCGCGGCGAGUCGGCGCGAAGAGGAGCAGGAGCUAGACGCGAUGGCAUUGGCGCAGGCGAAGCGAGAGCAGGAGAGGCGAGCCGUGGAGAAUCUGCGCAGGACGAAGCGAGAGGAGGAGGCUAUGGAGAAGCGGCGCAAGAAGAAGGAGCAAGAGGAGCAGGCUAUGGAAGCGAAGCGGAAAGCGGAUGAGGAUGAGGAUGAUGAUCAUGAUGAGCCGCCACCGCCGUACUCGGAAUGAAAGGCUGGAGAAGGAAGGAUAGUGCGGUGACGGGUGGACUGGAGGAGCUUGUACUGUACUCAUGUUUGAUGCAAUGCAAUCCAAUCAGAUAUAUAU